GGUAUCGGUUGUAUUGAAUAAUACAGUUCAAAUCAAAAUGUCGACAAUUUCCGUGCGUAUUUUGAUCUUUGCGCUUUUUUUGAGUGAACAGUUUCAGUUAUUCUCCAGUGAAGAAUUAUGCUCUUUUUCCAAAUCAAAGUUAAAGUGUAUGUGCCGAUAUCAGGCUCAACCAAACACGCCCUUCCCAGUUCACAGUGCCGACUGUACGAGAAUGAGCUUAACCGAAUUUCCAAAGGACACACACCUUCCAAGCGUUGAAGACUUAGAUUUGUCGCGGAAUUUAAUUUCAACAUUGGACCACGAUCAUAAUAAUUUUGAAAGUGUACUGUUACGAUUCCUAAAUUUAUCGUUCAACAAAAUAGCGUAUUUGUUUCAGGACUUUUUUAUAAACACUCCAAAUUUAUCAGUUUUAGAUCUGAGUCAUAACGAAAUCGUUUAUUUAUCUAACGCUAACGUAUUCAGGGGACUCGGAAAUUUAACGGUGUUAAAAUUAAGUUUUAACAAACUCUCGACAUUGCCAGAAGAUGUUUUUAGACCACUGAAGAAUCUGGAGGAGUUAGACUUAAGAUUUAAUUAUUUGGGUGUCACUCUAAUGCAACACAGCAGUUUCUUCCAGUUGAGUAUGGGCUUUCCACGCAAUAUUUCCAAAUUAAACUUAGAUGGUGUUGGAAUUUCUAAAUUGCCCAAUGGAUAUUUCGAUGAGGGUAGUCAUUUGAAAUAUUUGAGUUUGUCAGACAAUCCUCUAACAGAGAUUCCGUUAGUCUCGUCGAUCGUAGAACAUUUAGAUUUGUCAGGAACUCAUAUUACAACAGUAUCUGGAAAACAUUUGCCAUACCAGUCAUUGAAGGUAUUGAAGCUAAAUAGAUUGAAGAGGUUAGAAGAAAUUGAGCAUUACGCUUUUUUGAAUUUGAAAUCUUUAGAAGAGCUGCACUUGAGCGAUUCUAAAAGACUACGUUCAUUGCCUAAUCUGGCUUUUGGAAUUCUUUCAAAUGACACUGAAGUAACUUUGAAGAGAAUGCAUAUUUCACGUACCGGAAUAAGGACUCUAAACUCUACAUACCUACAUCUAUUUAAGAAAGUUAAGUUUGUCGAUCUUCAACAUAAUCCUUGGGAUUGCAAGUGCGAAAUCCUAUGGUUACAGCAGCUGAAUGGAUCUUUGCACCGCUACGAUAAUAUCAGAUGUUUAACACCACGAAAUCUACGAACGAAAAAAAUCAUGAGUCUAUCUGAUAAAGACAUGCCGGAUUGCUUUAAUAGCUACGCAAAUGUGCAGAAGACCCUAAUAGGAAUAUUUUCCAUUUUGGUUGCACUCUUAUGCUUACUAAUCCUUUAUCUUCUGUAUCUGGGACCAUUUCACCCACCAAAAACAAGAGGAGUUGGACCUGGCUCACCAUACCAAAGUAUUUCACUUGAGAUCGAUCCAUGCAAGGCCGAAGAUGCAUCUAGGAACUAACAAAUCGUGCUAGUGAUUAUAUUUAUUUAUUUUGUGGACCACUCCAAUGUCUGCUAGUUGAAUAGCAGACAUGUUUUGCUAACAAUUUUGAUUAACUUUAUUAGAAACCUCACUGAUCUAAUUCACGCAGUUUGCAGGUUAAAACAAAACAAAACAUCAUGUGAAAUGUUGCGCACUAACCCGCAGAAAAUAUCAAUUAUUGAAGUAGACAAAUAUUUAUUCCUAAAUAAAUGCCAACAUGCUCGUCUAAUGAUCGUUUUUCCGGUCAAAUUUAACUGUACUGUAGGGUUAAGCAUAUACCUACCUUAGAUCUCAUGGCAACGUUUUUUGCACCAACGGUUGCCAUUGAUCUAUACGAUAAAACAUAAACUCAACUCUUUCACUAUGCCAACAAACAUUGGAGAGAGUUUGCACAUUUUUCUGUUGAUGUUUUGUUGAAAUUUUUGCUUUACAGAAGGUUAAGGUAUUGUAGAAUAAUUCAAAACAAAAGGUAGGUAAUUCAUUGUUUGUUAAUUGUGUUUGACGCAAAUUAUUAAAUCUUAAAAUUUUCGUUGA